AUAAAGAGGUGAGGCCAUUGGUUGUGGGAACACCAGAAACAGAAUGAGUGUAGUUAUCCCCUUUUGUUCAAGAGCCUGAUGGUUGAGGGGUAGUAACGGUUCCUGAACCUGGUGGUGUGUGUCCUGAGGCCUGAUGGCAGCAGUGAGCAAAGAGCAUGGCCUGAGCGGUGGGGAUCUUUAAUAAUGGAUGCUGCUUUCCUACGGCAACCUUUCAUGUAGAUGUGCUCAAUGGCUGGGAGGGCUUUACCCAUGAUGUACUGGGCCGAAUCCGCUACCUUUGUAGGGUUUUCUGCUCAGAAGGCAUUGGUGAUCCCAUACCAGGCUGUAAUGCAGCCAGUCAACACACUUCCCCACCACAUGUCUAUAGAAGUUUGCCAAGGUUUUUGAUGUCAUGCCAAAUCUGCACAGACCCCUGAGGAAGUAGAGGAGCUGUUGUGCUUUCUUCGCAAUUACAUUUAUAUGAUAGGUCUUGGAGAGGUCCUCUGAGAUAGUGACACCCAGAAAUUUAAAGUUACUGACCCUCUCCAUCUCUGGUCCUCCAAUGAGUACUGGCUCAUGGACCCCUGGUUUCCCUCUCCUGAAGUCUAUAGAUUACAUUAGAUUCAACUUUAUUGUCUUUGUGCCGAGUACAGAUACAAAGCCAAUGAAAUGCAGUUAGAAAUGAAAUUACAAGGAAAUGCAAUCAUUUGCCGGACGAUGCUGAGAAUGUUCUACAAGGUUGUGGUGGCCAGUGCUAUCAUGUUUGCUGUUGUGUGCUGGGGCAGUAGGCUGAGAGUAGCAGACACCAACAGGAUCAACAAACUCAUUUGUAAGGCCAGUGAUGUUGUGGGGGUGGAACUGGACUCUCUGACAGUGGUGUCUGAAAAGAGGAUGCUGUCCAAGUUACAUGCCAUUUUGGACAAUGACCCCCAACCACUCCAUUAUGUACUGGUUAGGCACAGGAAUACAUUCAGCCAGACUCAUUCCACCGAGAUGCAACACUGAGCGGCAUAGGAAGUCAUUCCUGCCUGUGGCCAUCAAACUUUACAAUUCCUCCCUCAGAGUGUCCGACACCCUGAGCCAAUAGGCUGGUCCUGGACUUACUUCCACUUAGCAUGAUUAACUUAUUAUUUAAUUAUUUGUGGUUUGUAUUGCUAUAUAUCUUCACAAUUCUUGGUUGAUGCGGCUGAAAUGAAACCCAAUUUCCCUCGGGAUCGAUAAAGUAUGUCCGUCUGUCUGUCUGCAUCUAACCAGAAAUGCAAAGAAUAGUGUUAAUUAUAAAAUAACUGAAUAGAAAGUAAGUGCUACGGCACACCAAUAUAAAAGUACUGAGACAGUACAACAUGGGUGCAAUACUGCUCAGCGCUGUGACGUGAGAUUCAGCAGGGUCACAGCCUUAGGGAAGAAGCUCUUCCUGUGCCUGCUGGUGCAGGAGUGGAGGCUCCUGUAGCGCCUACCGGAUGGGAGGAGAGUAAAAAGUCCAUGGUUAGGGUGAGAUGCAUUCUUGAUAAUGCUUUUUGCCCUGCCCAAGCAGCAUUUAUGGUAGAUGUUCUCAAUGGUGGGCAAUUGGGCACCGAUAAUCCGCUGGGCAGUUUUCACCACCCGCUGGAGUGCUUUGCAGUCCGAUACGGGACAAUUGCCAUACCACACUGAGAUGCAGUUGGUGAGUAUGCUCUCAAUGGUACAGCGGUAAAAGUCCAUCAGUAUCCUGGGACAGAGGUGAGCUUUCUUGAUGCUUUGCAGGAAAUAAAGACGCUGUUGCACCUUAUUGAUUAGGAUAGAGGAGUUCAGGGACCAGGUGAGAUCCUCGGAAAUGUGGACACCAAGGAACUUGAAGCUUGAGCCACUACAGCUCCGUUAAUGUAGAUGGGGAUGUGAGUGUGGCUCCUAGAAUGCCUGAAGUCCACAAUGAUCUCCUUGGUCUUCUGGAUGUUAAGGGCCAGGCUGUUGUCGGCACACCAUGUGGCCAGGUACUGGACCUCGUCCCUGUAGGCCGUCUCGUCAUCCCCUCUGAUCAGGCCAACACCAUGGUGUCAUCUGCGAACUUGAUUAUGGAGUUAGAACCACGUACAGGAACACAGUUCCUUGGUCUUAUUGGCAUCAGAAGUGGAAAGAGUGAGCAAUUUCAAGUUCCUCCGUGUCAGUGUCUUUGAGGGUCUAACCUGUGCCCAACAUAUUGAUGCAGCUACAAAUCAGGCAUUAACAGCAGCUAUUUUUCAUUAAGAAUUUUAUGAGAUUGGGUGUUUACUGGCAAAUUUCUAUAGAUGUACUGUGGAGAGCAUUCUAACUGGCCGCAUCACCGUCUAGUAUGGUGGAGGUGGGGCUACUGCACAGGAUCCCAAUAAGCUGCAGAACUGUAAAAUCAGUCAGUCCCAUCAAGGGCACCAGCCUCGGUAUUAUCCAGGACAUAUUCAAAGAGCGAAGACUUAAAAAGGCAGCAUCCAUCAUUAAGAACCCCCAUCACCCAGGACACGCCCUCUUCUCAUUGCUACCAUCAAGGACGAGGUACAGAAGCGGGAAGGGACACACUCAAUGAUUCAGGAACAGCCUCUUCCCCUCUGCCAUCCAAUUUCUAAAUAGACAUUGAAUCCAUGAACACUAUCUCACUAUUUUUUAAAAAAUUAUAUUUUGCACUACUUAUUUAAUUUAACUAUAGGUAUAUUUGCUAUAAUUUACUGCUUUUGUCUAUUACUAUGUAUUGCAUUGUACUGCUGCCGCAAAGUUAACACAUUUCACGACAUAUGCUGGUGAUAUUAAAUCUGUUUCUGUUUCUGAAUCCGGAUUUCCAGCAUCUGCAGAAUUACAGACAACCCUUCUUCCCGUGAUGCCGAGCGGACACGGUCCCACUCGGCCUCUUUCAUCUUGCCCUUCCUCCCAGUGGGCACCGCGACGAUGAUGGCGGCCGAGUCACUGGGUGCUGGGGAAGUGGCCAGAGAUGUGCUAAGCGACGGCCUUCUGGAGCUGCUGAAGCCGGGCGUGAGGGAGGUGGACCAGCAGGUUCAGGCGGUGAGGGAGAGCCAGGUAGAGCUGAGGGAGCAGAUCGACCGGCUGGCGGAAGAGCUCUGCAGGAUAAAUGAAGAGCAGAAAGUGUCCCUGGACCUGGAUCCAUACGUGAAGAAGCUGCUGAAUGCCCGGCGGAGGGUGGUGCUUGUCAGCAACAUCCUGCAGAACGCCCAGGAGCGGCUGAGGCGCGUGAACCACAGCGUCGCCAAGGAGACGGCCCGGCGGAAGGCCUACCUGGAGUCCGGGAUCUAUCUGCCGACUCCACCCAGCAAGUGAAGGCUCCCCAGCAGGACUAGCUCGCCACCGGCCGCUCGGGAGGAGAGAGCUCAGUUCACACCGAGGGUGGGAAAUGUUGCGUGCACUGGGAUUGACAUUAAACCGGUGGCCAGCGAGACUUCCUACUCUCCACAGUGUGCUGGGGUUGGCCACAUCUCCUGAAGGCACGGAGUGAGGUGCUGCAACCCUACGGUCGUUGGCUUAGCGAUCCCUCGCUCCGGCUUUCCUUUGCCCCCUUUUUCGGAGCAGGCUCGAUGCUCCUAUAUCUGAUAAUUAAGCUCAUCACCCCCUACUGGGGUACAGCAGAUCACCAGACUCCCUUGUCCUGGGCCAGCCCUUCCUGUUGUCCCCAGGUGUAGCCAUCUUCCUCUCCCAUGGAUGAGGAGCUUCUGUUGGCGUUUCUGUAGCUCUGGGUUUUUAUGGGAUGAGUUGCUAACAGCACACCUUUCGCAGCCAGCCUUGAACCGUCCAUGACAAAGUUCCUUCUAUCUUAUGGUCCUUUUUUUCUCGUCUGUUCUCCCGCCCUUCCCCGUUUCUCCUGAGCACUUGUGCAAGUGGGACCUCGCUGGGGAAUCCUGCCCCUCUGCCGUAAACCUGCAGCCAUCCAUCCCAGGUCUGACCCAAAGUCGGGAGAUUGGGAAGCACUGUGCAGGGUUAUCGCACAGAGAAUGAAGAGAGGUUCCUUGCAUCUUUGCACACACCCCUCCCCUCCUCCACAAUCAGCAACGUUUUCCAGGCCCUGUAAUGCUCCGGAAGUCCUGCAGACAGCUAUAGACAGAUGUCGGGUUUCCACAGACUCUUUACAUGUCUCCCCUUCGGUCAGUAGCAGUUGAAGAAGGAACUUUAUUUUUUUGCUUUUUACUUCCCAAAGUGCAGGAGGACCUCGUGUAACGGCCGACAGAGGCAAGUACAGUGUGGUGUUGUACUUGUGCGGUUGUAGUGACUUGCACACUUUCUGUACUGGAGGUAAUCCGAGUGAAUAAAAUUACUAGACUAUAUCUA